GGGGGUGCAAAAAAUAUAAAUGCCCAUUGCCAUGAAGGGUUCGCUGCAGUUGAGAGGCUAAAGCAACUCCCAAAGAUCUGGAUCUCAGUUCCAAAAUACUGACUGAAUUGGGAAGAAUCACCGGCACACUCCAGCCAAAGCCUUAAGGAGACCCGUGAGGACAACUCGGAGCGGUGUAAAACCCUGCGGGCCCAGCAUGUGCUGCGGAAGCUGUGCCAAGUGCCUGGGGGGCACCCUCAUCCCCCUGGCUGUGUUUGGCUUCCUGGCUAACAUCCUGCUGUUUUUCCCUGGAGGAAAAGUCAUCGAUGACAACAACAACCUGUCUGAUGAGAUCUGGUAUUUCGGAGGAAUAUUAGGAAGUGGAGUCUUGAUGAUCUUCCCCGCGGUGGUGUUCUUGGGCCUGAAGAACAAUGACUGCUGCGGGUGCUGCGGUAACCAGAGCUGCGGGAAGCGAUUCGCGAUGUUCACUUCCAUUAUAGUUGCCGGGAUUGGAUUCGUGGGUGCUGGAUACUCAUUUAUCAUCUCAGCCAUCUCCAUCAACAAGGGUCCUAAAUGUCUCAUGGGCAAUGGCACCUGGGGCUACCCCUUCAUGAACGGGGACUAUCUCAGUGACAAUUCCUUGUGGAACAAGUGUGACAAGCCCACCGAUGUGGUUCCCUGGAAUCUGACCCUCUUCUCCAUCCUGCUGGUCAUAGGAGGAAUCCAGAUGAUUCUCUGUGCCAUCCAGGCAAUCAACGGCCUCUUGGGCACCCUCUGCGGAGACUGCUGUAGGGGAGAAGGAACAGUUUAAACCUCUACAGUGAACAGCUCUAAAUCUACAACAUGUGGGAAGAUGUAUUAGACUCAGUUUCCCUUAGAGUGUUAAUUCCCAUCUGGUCACCACUGGCAAAGCUUAGGGAGGGCAGAGCUCUCCCUUCUCCUUACAACUGGUUUUGCCCAAGCUAGAAUUUUGUUAUUUUCAAAUAAAAACCAAAUUACAUUUUUGACUUGUAAGUUUCUCAGAUCAACUGUUUAGAAUUUAAGUUAAUUUUUUUUCUUAAAAGUGUCAGAUGUAUUGAAGUUACAUAUCCUGCCAUACUGUGUAUAUAAAGAUGUUUAUAUCUUUGGAAGCUUAAGCCAAAGGAGGAAAAUGCUUUGAAAAUGAGAAACCAAUUUUCUCUAGAUCUGUAGGAAAAAAAUGAUUAAUGUGUCACAAAUGAUUUUUAUGUGAUGUCUUUUUUGCUAAUUUGUUUGAACUACUACUUGUUAGUAGCCUUUUGCUCAUGUAUGUUAAAUUAAAAAUUGAACUCAGUGGUAAUGUAAUAGAGAUUGUGCAUCUCUAAAGGAGACUGAAGAGCAAAAGAUUGAAUGAAUAAUGCCUUUAAUCUUUUUACAAAUACUUUAUUUGCUCAAACAAAAAUGUUUCUAAAAAUUUGAUUUGAAUAAUACUUUUGUAGCCUAUUUUCUAGGAUUAAGAUAAUAAGAAAUACUAAUUCUAUGCUUUAUGUGUCAGGAAUUAGAAUGUAUUCAAAUCCAUUGGAUUGAUUUGGGUUCAGAUCUAACUGCAACUUAAAGAUCCUGGGAAAAUAAUUUUCCAAGUCUUUGUUCCCUCAUCUGUAAAAAACUGUUACAAGACAAUCAUUUAGGAAAUUCUGAAGUUACCCAAGGAUGAAACAGCCUUAUGGCACUGUGAACUCGACCUAAUGAACAACGAGGAGGGUCUAAAAGGGAAUUACGUGCCAUGGGGAUUAUGUGUCAAACUGGCAGGCUGCACCCCAAGAGCUGGGUUAUGCAUAGUCAUCAAUAAAGCAUUAAUAAUCA